AUGUCUGUGGUGCAGCUCGUGUCGGCCACUUCGAGGCCUUGCAGCGAGAGAAGGCUCAUGGUCACGUCGCCCAAUGGUGUCCACUUCCAGUUUAAACUCACGGCGAUUUCGGGUGAUGCACCUGGUAAUCCGAGUGAGAGCGCCCAGGUCCAGUGCACGCUCUACACGGGAGUCGCUCUGGGACAGUCAUCACCCGAAUUUCUCGGACGCUCUACCGCUCUUCUACGAGGGUCGCUGCGCUCGCUACGCAUUUCAUCGACCUCACCCCCUGUGCUCGGUGAGGGCGAUUGGCCCGGGUGGGCGCGGUUAGAGGAGAUGCCGUCCACUAGUAGUGGACCCGACCCGUACUGGUCGGCGUCUGUGGACAUCCGUUCGACUUCUCUUGAAGCUUUUGCGGCUAACGGGCUCCGCUCGGUUCCGGUUGUCAUCAAGCCAACCAAUGGUUCUGCUAUCCGAUCCCGGAACCCUAAAGCUCUGAUACAAUGCCUGGAGGCGAUUACUCCCGACUUUCGAGAGAUUAGCGAAGUUCGCCAAUAUGGCAAGGACGGUGUCAUCUGCAAAUCUGACAAUGUAAGAGUCGUCAGGUCACUUUUGUCGACGUCCUCCUUUGGUGGUGUACCUGUCGAGGCCUUCGUUCCGCACCACCUUGCUUGUAUUAAGGGCGUCGUGAAGGGAGUGGACACCUCCCUGCACGCGACCGAACUCUUAGAUCUAUUCGCCGACGUCGGAGCUCUCGACAUCUACCGCUGUAGCAGGCCAGAGAAUGAUCGCCGCAUUCCUACCGAAUCUGUCAUUGUUACGUUCGCCGGCCACUCCUGCCCUGAGGAGAUUAAGUCCUGGCCUCUCAUCUUUCGUGUUGACCCAUUCAGGAGGAGACCCUUGCAGUGCAGGCGCUGCUUCCGGUUCGGUCACUCAACCAAGAACUGCAAGUCCGAUGUCCGCUGCCGCCGGUGCGGAGAAGCUCAUGAAGAAUCUGCGUGCUCUGACGGCACCCCCCUCAGAUGCUGCCUUUGUGGUGAUGCGCACUCUGCCGAUUGCCAGUCCUGCUCUUACCGAGACCAAGAGGCUGCUCUGCUGGAGAUUAUGGACUCCCGCCAUUGUUCGCGUGCUGAUGCUAUCGCUUCGCUGAAAGGUCGCAGAUCCGGCUUCGCAGGGAAAGCCCAGGUGAAUGCGUGCUCUGACGACAAGCUCCAAAGAAUGAUCAACUCCGCAGUUGAGGCCGCUAUGGCCACGCUUAAAGACGAGCUCAGCUCGUUAUGCUCCAUGUUCGCAACCCUCUCCUCCGUGAUCUCUGGCGCUGUUCCGGUCAUCUCUUGCAACGGCUCAGCCUCCCUGGUGCAGGAGCCAAAGGCCCAACCUCCACCUGUAUCUCCUGACCCUCGACCCCCCACGCGCUGCGAACCAGCGUCAAGCCAGGCCGACCCCCAGUGCAUGGCUCCCUCUUCAGAUUCCAUGGACGCAACAUCAUUCAACCCUAAACGCGGCGCUUCUCCGCCCGCGUUAAGGUGGUGCAGCCCCUGUGACAACCCCCAUGGCAAACGCUCCAAGAAGGUCACAUCUCCCUCACUUGAGUGCCUUGCAGUUCAGCUUACGCUCCGAGAUAACAGAUCCGUGGCUGUUGUUAACGUGUACUGCCCGGCGGCCUUCCAGUCCCCCUCUGCCAUCAAUGGCGUUCUCACUGGUGUUCCUCGUGAACACCUUGUUCUCGGCGACUUCAACUCCCAUCAUGUCACAUGGGGUCUGAGAACUGACUCUAGCGGUCGGGAACUGUGGAAUUGGAUCUGUCAACAUAACCUCUCAGUUGCGAAUGACGGGUCCCCCAAGUUCCUUCGUGGUACUUCCCGCUCCGUCCUGGACCUUACCCUGUGCUCCACAUCGAUUCGCCUUGCAGCAUGGAAAACUCUUGACUUGGGCACUAAUAGUGAUCAUCUUCCCAUCUACUUCGAAAUUCUCACUCCUAGUAAGCUGACUGUGUCCGUGCGCCCCCUCUGUAACUACUCCCUGCAGGCAGAAAGCCUGGCCGGUCUCUUGAAGGAAUGCGCAGGCCUCCCUGCCAUCGAUCGCGCCGCCAAGGCAGCGGCCUCCUUGUCUCGCUCUCUCGUGAAGUCCAAGUUCCAUAUCCAGAAGCACUCGUCGUCGGACUGCGCGCCAUGGUGGAACGAGGAAUGUACAAGAGCGUUUCGUCGGCGCAAGGCCGCCUGGAAGCAGCUGCUAUCGAAUUCAUGCCAUGUAAACUGGAAGAACUUCCAGUUCCUUAAAGCUGUGUUCAAGCGCACCGUCUCGGCGGCGAAACAUUCCUUCUAUAAUGGGCGCAACUCAUUCCUCUCUCACCUGAAGCGCAGGAGGGACCUGCACAGGCACGUCUCCUACAUCCGCAGAUCGUUCUCGGGUGCCGCCUCCCCAGAGUUUUCCGUCGCUGCCGACGAUAUCGCCAAAGCCAAGCUCGAAGACAUUGCCAGGGGUCUUUCGCUCCGCUUCAGGAAUACUGUUCCCCACUCCUACGCAGUUCCCCACGUAUCGCCCUCAGGCUCCUUCAAAGUUACUGAGGAGGAACUGGAUUCUGUCGUGCACGCCCUCCCAAAAUCAGCUCCUGGCCCGGACGGUAUCACUGGCAAGAUAGUAAAGUCCCUUUGGUCCUCCCACCCCCAAGAACUUCUCAACAUCGUGAACAUGUCUCUAGAGCACUCAUGGGUUCCCGACGAAUGGAAGGUGGCAAAAGUGGUGGUCAUCAAAAAAUCCGUCGCCAGGGGUCUUGACCUGGAUAACAUCCGCCCAAUUGCCCUGACCUCAGUCCUCUGCGAGACGGUCGAGCGCAUCUUGCAUCGCCGCCUCUCUUCUCACAUGGAAGCCGCAUCCACUCUAAAUGAUAGCCAGAUUGGGUUUCGUCCUCGCUGCUCCAUCUGGAUGGCUCAUGUCAAUCUCGAAAGCCAGAUCCGUCUUGCCCGUGAAAAUGGGAAGCUCUCCGCUCUCGUUACGUUGGAUGUCGCCAAGGCCUACGAUAGCGUGGAGCACAGUGUCCUCCUGCAAAGAAUGGCUUCCUUAAAUAUCCCACCGUACAUCCUCUCGUGGGUCGCGAAUUUCCUCACCGGUAGAUCGUUUUACUGCUCUGAUGGCCGCUUCACUUCAUCGCCGCAUGUACAGCUUCGGGGAGUGCCCCAAGGAUCUGUCUUGUCACCCCUGCUCUUCAACAUCCUUAUGAGCUCUCUGCCCCUGGACCAGGACAUCCUCACAAUCACCUAUGCCGACGACAUAGCAUUCUUCGCCUCAUCGCCCUCAUUGCACUCGUUGUACGAGAAGUUGCAAGCGUACCUUGUCACCCUGUCUGCCUGGAUGCGAUCCGUUCAUCUCUCGCUGAACGUACAGAAGUCUGCCGUGCUCCCCUUUCCCCAUUCCGGACGCUCAACGGGCGUCAUGACUCUCGAUCUGAAGGUCUCGUCGGAGUCCAUCCGCCAGGCAAACACACUCAAGUACCUCGGUGUGUGGUACGACAGCGAGCUUGAUUGGUCCCUCCACCUUGAAGCCCUGAGCCAAAAAGCUGCGAAGGCCGGCAGCAUCAUUAGUCGUUGCUCCGGCGCCCGCAUCGGGAUGCGUAGGAAAGCUUUACUGUUCCUGUAUCAGAGUUACGUACGCCCGAUACUGGAGUUUGGCUGCGUCCUCUUUUCUCAUCUCCCAGACUACCGCUUGGCUAGACUCUUCACCAUCCAGAAGCGGAUGCUACGCCUGUGCCUGGGUCUCCCUAAGUAUGCCUCGAACCUGGCGCUGUACUCAGAAGCCCAAGUUCCUCCUUUAAAGUCGCGCUUUCGCCUGCUCUCAGUCAAUACCUACCUUUCUCUAUGCCAAAGCCCUGUCUCUCUCAGACACACGGCUGCCCUCAGGGACAUGCCUCAGUGGCUGUCUAGGCGGUGGCGCAAGGCAAACACCCCGCAGCUAGUGUUCACUCAGCGCUUACUGGCGCCGUUAGGGGUAUCGCUGACUGAUCUCUUCUCACAUGGAUCUCCCCGGCCGAGCCCUUUGGUGCUGUCCGCUGACGCCUUCCAACCUGGAAUCACCUCCGCCAAUCCGGACAGGUUGGAAGCCAUCCUCUCCGGCCAUAUCAACCGUUUCCCUCACCACCUAGCGGUUGCAACCGAUGCGUCCGUUUCGGAGGAGCGGGCUGGCGUAGGCAUAGUCUGCCCUCGUUUUGACGCGCAUUUCCCUGUCCGCCUGCCUGACUACACUCCAGCCUUCGAAAGUGAGUUUCUCGCCAUUACCCUUGCAGUUAGGAUGGUCCCAGGGCCCUUCUGCAAAGUCCUAGUCCUGUCCGACUGUCUGUCCGUCAUCUCUUCUCUCUCUAACCCGUCAAGCCCGCUACAGCAGCUCUUGGCCUCCCUUGCUCCGCCUCACGUCUCAGAGAUUGUGCUCACCUGGAUACCGGGGCACCGUGGUCUCUCGCUCAACGAGGCGGCAGACAGCCUAGCCAAGGCGGCACUCUCUGGUCCGAUCAUCAAUGUUCUCCCCCCUCUGGCUGACGUUACUAAAGCCAGGUAUCGGAGGUUCCUGCAGCUCACUGGGUCCCGCCUUGCUCCCCUCAGAUACGCCCACCUCUCCUACUCAUGGCAGCCUCACUGCUGCGCUUCUCGCCACGUCGAGGUGCUCCUUACACGUCUCCGAUGCCUCGCCCUCCCUCUUGACUUUUAUCUACACCGAGCUGGAGUCUCCAAUUCUCCCGCGUGCUUGCACUGUGGUCAGGACGAGACUGUGGAGCACUUCCUUCUCCACUGCCACCGCUUUGAGCGCCUUCGUCAAGAAUACCUGGCUCGCCCUCUGGCCAGAGCCGGCGCCCCCCUCUGCCUGCAGUCCAUCCUAUCAUUUGGGGCUUCUCACUUGGGGAGGUGGAGCUGGGCCGUAGCGUCCAAUGUGGCUGCUUUUGUCAUCCUAUCUGAUCGUACCUGA